GUUGGACUGGAGGCUGUGCGGCCUGCUGGGCCCUCACGCUCUCCUCACACACCAUCAUACACUUUACCCUCUCCUCACACCUAACUAUUCCCUCGCGUGUCUUCAUGCACCUUCCAUAAUUAACACAGCUGUACACUGUACCCUCACACCUCAUACAGUGGUCACCACUAGUGAAGGCAGACUCCUGGGGCCUCGUCUCGUUAGACAUGCUGAAUGGACUCUGUUCCUGGAAUAUUUGUGUAAUUGUGUUAGAUAAGACAUUGUGGAACGUGGGUGUGAUUUUCAUAGGCUCGUGAAGUAAUCUCUUUAGGCGAGAGAAAAUCAAUAACCGUGGCUUAUACAGCUAUGGGUUACAAUUACUUGGACCCGGAUGGUGCUGUGCCCAAUGUCUGUAAGCCAGUGGUACUCAAAGCAUGGAUAUGUAUCAUGUAUUCACAAUGUUAUGUUAAUAUUCUAUUUAGGAAGGUGGAUGCCAGAGGCACACUAUUGUCCCUGUGGACAAGAUCACCCUCCCUCCAGAUCCUAGAGACUUCAGACAGUACUCCCUUCCGUAUUAUUAUAUUACUUUUGAAAAUUGUCCUUGAUGCGAGUCAUGUCUGGUAACGUGGGUAUUCCCCUGUGCCAAUGUAAUAAAAGUUUGGUCAUCAAUCAAUAACUUAUAGAAGUACAUUUUAUUUUAUAUUGUAGACUUCAUGGCAAAUCUAGCAAAUGUUAAGUCUACCUGAGUGAGGGCCACUGGUUCGUACCAUUAAAUGUAAUGGUAGCCUUCUUGCAUUCUCAAUCCUGUGCUCACAUUACCAUAGGACAAUCCAUUGUACACCUCAAGCAUAAGAAUAUUACCCCACAUCAUACAAGGCGAGGCAUCAAUUAUGGUGCCGAACCUCUUCACACAUCACACUUGUCCUACUUACCUACUUAGUUUCGUGCCUACUUGUCAUCAGAUAUAUACAGGAUUGUUUCUGCCUGGCUGGGUGAAAAACCAUGUCCUCUCCUCUAUCCACUGUCACAAUCACCUGCCCUCUCCUUAUCUUUGGCUUUGAAUCUUUGUGCUGGUCUGUUUUUCUAAACUCCUUAAAUUUGUCAAUUGGUUCUUUGUUUUUUUGCUGUUCUACCAAGAGAUUUGGGGAUAUGUAAAUGUUGUUAUACCCUCCCAGAUCUUUUAGUUUACGCGCACUUUUAAGCGUCCUCCUGUGCUCGAUAUUGGCAAUGGUUAUGCAUACCAGAUUUGCCUCGGGCUUACCCAACUUCUCUACCUGGAAAAUACAUACUGUAGAGCCUUUUCCUUGCCUAUCAGUUUUUCUGUAUUGACCUCAAUGAUUUACUGAUCAUUCUUACCCUCUUCUUUUACCAGGUUUCUUAGGGUGAGUUUUUUCUAUCUAUCCAAAGAUCUUGAAUCUCUCUAAAGAGCUUCAAAAUCCCUAUCCUCACCUUUACCUGUAUUUACAGUGUGUUGCCUGAAUAUUUGAUUACCUUCCAGAUUCUCCUGAUUGAACGUGGGAAUCAUGCCUGGACAAUUGCUUCUUGGUAGUGUUGGUAUUAAAUUGAUCAACAUGAUGCAUUAUUUAUUGAUAGCGUCAAAGACUGGCAAUGUACAGUUUUCACACUACUUUACCCACAUCACUCCUUGUAGUCGAACAACAAUUGAAGCCAGAAUUAUUACUAAGUGUUUGAGUGCAGAAAAAGAUGCUUGCCACUUCCUGGAAGAUGGAGACCACACUCUCAUCUUCCGAUGGUUUGGUCCAUGUCUCUUCAUUGUAGCUGCCGACCAUGCUGAAAAUGAAAUGAUGGUAUACGAGUUUCUUAGCUUGUAUGUCGAUGCACUGCACAGGUAUUUUGGAAAAUUUUCAGAGAGACAUGUUCUCUUGAAUAUUGAUAGGCUUCAUAUGGUUCUUGAAGAAAUGGUUGUAGGUGGUGAAUUAGUUGAAUCUUCUAUUAGAAAUGUACUAAACCCCAUUCAGGUGCUUGACACAGUUUCAGCUAGAUAAUACAAAAUAUCCAAGUUUAUAUUUUCUCAUGAGUGAGUUACCACUAAGCAUGCUGUACUUUUAUAUAUAUAAAUCGAUUAUUUAACAUUUCUUUAAAUGAUUAGAAUCUGAGGAAUUUUUAAUCAGCUGCUCUGAAGUAUUCGAAGGUACAGUUUUAAAUGAAAAGUACAUAUUGAAAUUUUGGUGUUUAUGUAAAACAUGGAUGUUUUGUUUGACUUGGUUUGUUCCUUGCUAACUAGUAUUUCAUGUUUGUGGUAAACGGCAUUCUUCCUAGUUACAAUUUCUUCACAUUUGCGUGUUCCUUUUGAGCUUUCUUGAAACUCUACUGAAUAAAAAGGUUGUAAUAUACAAUUAUAAAAUUAAUAUAUAAUA